AUGGUGCUCGAUAAUGCGGAUGACAAUGGUGUCUUUUUUCAUGCCAAUAAAUCAAAUGGACGAGAGCUACUAGCAACACUCUUGCCCCAGGCCGAGUAUGGAUCAAUCCUAGUCACGUCCCGAAAUAGUCUUGCGGCGCGGAAUUUGGUGGGGAGUGAUAGUGAUGUGAUCGAGGUUCAGCCGAUGAAUGAGGAAGAGUCACUCGCCCUUCUACGCGCAAGGAUUUCACCCUCCCAAUCUGGAAACCCCGGAGAAUCCGACGAGCACGAGAUAGCGUUAGUCCAGGCAGUAGAGUAUAUCCCACUAGCCAUCACACAGGCUGCGGCGUAUAUUAUCAAUCGACUGCCCCUCCUUAGUGUCUCCACAUAUCUUCAUCUUUUCCAUGAAAGCGAAUCAAGGCAGACAAAGCUUCUCCAGAAUCAAGAUUCUACAGACCUCCGGCGCGAUUACAGCAGUCAGUACGCGGUGAUCACCACUUGGCAGAUAUCGUUUAAGCAGAUCCGCUAG